AAAACAACAAAAUGGCGGCGCCCAUGAAUUUCGUUCUCGUAAUUGUUCUCUCCAUAUUUUUCGCUGUUGCCUCAGUGUUAUUCUACCGAGUUAACAAAGUACAGCCUGAUCCGUAUAUGGAUGAGAUUUUCCACGUACCACAGGCCAAGAAAUACUGCAAUGGCUCCUUUUCUGAGUGGGAUCCCAUGAUAACCACCCUACCUGGCCUGUACCUGGCCUCGGUUGGUCUCCUCAGGCCUGUCACAGAACUGAUGCAAGUGGACAUGUCCGAGAUGUGCACCACCUUAACCCUGCGCUCAACCAAUGUACUGUUUGCAGUCGGAAACCUGUACAUGCUGUACGCACUGAUUAUGAGAAUCCACAGAGGGGACAAGGCAUCACAUGGUUUCAAGCCAUUGCUGACGGCUGCUUCCUUGGCCCAUCUCCCUGUACUGUACUUCUACACCUUCCUCUACUAUACAGAUCCCGGCUCCACCUUUUUCAUCCUCAUAAUGUACCUCUUCAGUCUCCAUGGCAACCAUAUUAUGGCUGGCCUGAUGGGGGUGCUCUGCGUCAUCUUCCGGCAGUCCAACAUCGUCUGGGUGGUCUUCACGGCAGGCACGACGUUCGCCCGAGAGGUUGAGGGCGAGCGAGGGAGGAAGCAGAGCCCCGACGCCGCCAAUGACUUUGGCGCGAUCUUAGCCUCAGUCAAGAAGUCCCUGCUGUACCUCCUGAAGAUUUCGCAGCUGUGGCGACUGAUACUCCUCCUCUGGCCCUAUGGGGUUGUGGUGGUGGCCUUCCUGGGGUUCCUGUACGUCAACCAGGGCAUCGUGGUGGGGGACCGGAGCCACCACGAGCCCUGCCCCAAUCUGCCCCAGCUGGGCUACUUCCUGAUGUUCACGGCCUUCUUCGCCGCGCCGUACCUGGCAUCCCCCUACGGCGCCAUCCGUUUCCUGAGGGCCUGCCUGAGGCGACCGCUGACUUACCUCGCCCUGACGUGCCUGGGGCUGCUGGCCGUGCACUACCUGACAUACGUGCAUCUGUACGUCCUGUCGGACAACCGGCACUACGUGUUCAGUAUCUGGCGCCUUUACCAGCGCCACCACCUCAUCAAGUACUGCCUGGUGCCCGUGGCAGUCUACAUGGACUGGUGCAUCCAGGACAAACUCCCCUCCUGCAGCAACCUGUGGCGACUGGCCUACUUCGUCUGCCUAGCCGCCGCCACCGUGCCACAGAAGCUCCUGGAACUGCGGUACUUCAUCGUGCCGUACCUCCUCUUCCGGGUGCACAUGCCACUGCAACCCUACUGGAAGAUCUGCUUGGAGCUGCUACUCGGUGCGUCAGUGAAUAUUGCCACCCUGUACCUCUUCUUGGAGAAACCGUUUGUCUGGGAGGAGACCCCAGGUCUGCAGAGGUACAUGUGGUGAUGCCUUAGGGAGUUUCCCAAGUACAUGGACUGUAGUGGACUUGUAAUCACACUCGGUAUGCAUCGAAACAUUGUGUGGUCAUAUUCUGACUAAGAAAAUGUUACUGUAUUAACGGUGUAUUUGUGGAAGUUGUCUGGUUUACCCAGUUUGAUUGGAUAAUACAACUAAUUUAUACAACUGUAAUACGGCUGAGUCAAUUCGAGUAAUUCACUGUUCGAAUAUUCGAUCUUAAAUUCGAUCGAAUAUCCAAAUAUUCAGUUGUACUGACUGGCAGAUUGUUGAUGAAACAAACCAAAUACAA